CUUACCGGAAGUGGUCCAUUCACCGCGAGCUCUCCAACGGAACAAAAAUCCCUAGUCAGAAAAUGAUUUCUACCUAUUCGAACAUCCACCGCGGCUUUCUGCAGGCCUGCUCCCUCCACGGCACUAUGACCGUGAAGGACGCCGCCAAGAUUAUGGUCCACCUGUUUGGCCAAUAUCAACCAAACGACCCGAUUCCGGACGAACAGCGCCUGCAGGAGCUGAUCGACCAGAUCAACCCGAAGUUGAGCCGGUUCCAGCAGAAGAUCGUCCUGCUGGAAUCGGACCCGAAGCAGCCGAACUACGUCGUGUUCGCCAAUCUGUCCGAUUCGCCGCUGGACCGGUUCCAGACGGCCUAUCCGGCCGGCGAGCUGAGCUUCUUCCGGGUGGUGCUGCACGAACUGGCCACGACCGAGGGCCACAAGCUGGAGCAGAUCGAGUGGCUCAACUUGACGACGAAAAUCGAGGAAGGCCGCAGCCUGACCAAGAGCCGGGCCGAAGAGCUGCUGUCGGAGUGGGUCGGCGCCGGAUAUUUGGUGCUGGAUGAGGACGGUAUCGGGUUCGGGCCGAAGACGCAGGUCGAGUUCGAUCGGUAUCUGCUGAAUAACUUCCCGGACCAGGUCGAGCAGUGCCGGCUGUGCAAGGAAGUGCUGUUUUACGGCAUUAAGUGCGCAAAGUGUUCGGUUUCGAUGCACAAGACCUGCGCCAAGAAGUACUUCAAGAAGGUCAAGAACUGUCCGGCCUGCAAGAAAGCAUGGACUGUCGCUUUGGACUGAGUCCUUUCGAUUUUGCA